AACGAACCUUCCCCAAACGUCUCAUGAUCAUAAUUAACACUCAAGAUUUUUCUAAUAAAUGAUGAUGGAUAAUCAAGUAAACCAAAGCUGCUUCAGUGCUCAUAAAAUAUUACUAACAAUUUUUAAGUUAUACUUGAUGCAAAUCAGCUCAGAUUUAAAAAUAAUACAGGGUUAAUUAGGGCUAAAUAUAUUCAUAGAGGCUUUGGAAAUCCGAUGUACCCAAUGUGCUGAGGACAUGUGGCGUUCAUCAUGACCUCAGUCUAACCUGCAGGAAUAUUGAGCCUGUCAGUAGUAGUUUGGUCCCCAAUGGUUCACUGAAUAUGCAUUAGUAAAGACUCGAUCCUCUGUGUAACACGACGCUCACGGUGUCAGGUUUGAUGACAUUAGAAAAGGGGCGUGUCCGAUUGACCGCACGUGUCACACCUGUCCCCGCCCCCUUUUUGACGGACAUUUCUUCAGUUGGGUCUAGUACAUGUUGUGAAUGCGACUGGAGAAACGGAGCGAGUCGUGUCACGAUGGGACGAACUCUUGUUUCCCGCAGGCUGUCGGGAUGUUCCUGAGGAAGAAGAAGAAGAAGAGGAGGCUGGAGAUCUCCACGCCCAGGAACUUCGAGCACAGGGUGCACACGUCCUUCGACCCGGUCCAGGGGUGUUUCCUCGGUCUGCCGCCCCAAUGGCAGAGCAUCAUCGAAACACUCAAGAGACCCAAACCUGUGGUGGACCCGUCCAGAAUCACACACGUCCAUCUCAAGCCCAAGAAGAGCAUUGUGCGUGGCAGUUUCAUCGGACACGAGGACUACAUCUCUGCGGCGAUCGCUGAGAUGAGUCGACUCUCGGUCACCAGCUCAAACUCCUUAAGGAGAACCAGCCCGUCUUUGCGGAAACGAGCUCAAUCUCUGGGUCGCCUGGGAGAGGUAGCCGAAGGAGAGACGUACGAGUAUCAGGAACUGAACGAGGCGAAUCUGAGAAACGGUCAGUCGGUCUUGGACUGGCACUCCAGAUCCCGACAGGUCCAGAGUGAGAGUGGAAGUCCUCAACCUGACCACAAGAAGAGCUUCACUUUAAACCCAAAUGACUCACGGACAAGAUCCAAAUCAAUUCACGAGGCGAAGAUGUUCACGGAGCAACCGAUGCUCAUGCCUCGGGACAUUUUACUCGCGCCUAGAACUGUUCACGAACGGCUCGGCAUCGCUAAAAUGGACGGUAAAUUCAUCCAGAGACCCGUGUCGUGUCUUUACAGCACAUACAGAGAAAACGAUGGAGCAAAACUGAUCUCAGAACAGCCGAAGAUGGAAGCGCAGAAGAGGCCACAGUCCACCUACGACUUUAAGGUGAACUCCCCGACCUACGCGGCCAUUUCCAAACCCAACGGCACCAGUAGUCCAAAACCAGGCCAUGGAUUAAUCCCCAUCCAAACCACACGUCGUUCCUCCAAUGACAUCGUGGACGGCAACGAAACCUCGGGACCCCCGACCCAGGACAGCCCGUCCCAGCCCAGACCUCCCCCCACGGGCUCGUCGGAGAGUCCCACGCCCGCCAGUGCGCCGGAGCCCAAGGUCUCACACGAGCAGUUCAAGGCCGCGUUGCAGAUGGUGGUGGACCGAGGCGACCCUCGCUCGUACCUGGAGAACUUCGUGAAGAUCGGAGAAGGCUCCACGGGUGUGGUCUGCAUCGCACGGGAAAAGCUCAGCGGACGGCAGGUCGCGGUGAAGAUGAUGGACCUGAGGAAGCAGCAGAGGAGAGAACUGCUCUUCAAUGAGGUGGUUAUAAUGCGAGACUACAGUCAUAAGAACGUGGUGGAGAUGUACAAGAGUGCGCUGGUGGGGGAGGAGCUCUGGGUGAUCAUGGAGUACCUGCAGGGCGGCGCUCUCACCAACAUCGUCUCCGAAACCAGACUCACAGAGGAGCAGAUCGCGACGGUGUGUGAGUCCGUCUUGCAGGCGCUCUGUUAUCUUCACGCUCAGGGCGUUAUUCACAGAGACAUCAAGAGUGACUCCAUUUUACUGACACUGGACGGCAGGGUCAAACUGUCCGACUUUGGGUUCUGCGCUCAGAUCAGCAAAGACAUUCCCAAGAGGAAGUCGUUAGUGGGAACGCCGUAUUGGAUGGCUCCGGAAGUGGUUUCAAAGACGCCGUACAGCACUGAGGUGGACGUGUGGUCUCUGGGGAUCAUGGUGGUGGAGAUGGUGGAUGGAGAACCUCCAUACUUCAGCGAGACGCCGAUCGCAGCGAUGAAGAGAGUCCGGGACGAGCCGGCACCGUCUGCCAGGAACGCCAGCAAGAUCUCUCCGGUUCUGAGGGACUUUCUGGACUCGAUGCUGACGCGCGACCCCGUGCAGAGAGCCAGCGCCGGCGAUCUCCUGCAACACCCCUUCAUGCUUCAGGUCUCGUCUCCGCGCUGUCUGGUCCCCCUGGUGGAGCAAUACCGCAAGCGCAUGUCCCGAUGCUGAGACGGCCCGUCUGACCCGCCAUCCCACGGCCCGUCUGAACCGCCACCACGCCGCUAACCCACGGCCUCGUCCCGACCUGCUGAAAGCAUUGUUAGCCUUAUCAGCAGUUCAACGAGUCGGUGAGGUGUGUGUGUGAGCGACAGCAUCGCUGAAACAAUGACCUGAACUGUUUACAUUCCCAGUGGAAACACCAGUUCAACUUAAACUGAACAUUCAGCCAGCGUUUAUUUAUCUUCAUUACAAAUGACUUCAUUUUACUGCAUUGGACCUUGGUCAGGUUAGACGCCAUGUUGAAUUGAGUUUAAUGAGGAUUGACUAAAAGCCCUGGCGUACUUCAGACGAACCGCUGUGACGUCAUUAGUCGCGUUUCCACUGUCGGGCCAAAAGUGUGUUUGCUACUGUGUGUCGCGUUUCCACUGUCACUGGGGCUCGAUCGGGCCUCAUCGGGGCCGACGCCGGGGUUUGGGGCCCGCCGGAUACUUUGGUCCAACACUGACACUGUUUUUCAUGUUUAACAUGGUAAAGCUGCUUGAUUUCGGCAAUCUACUGCAAUAAGUGCUAUACAGGGGAAACUCAAAACGGUGCAAAAGUUCAGUAAUUCAACUUAAAAGCUGAAACUAAUAUAUUAUAUAGACUCAUUACAUGCAAAGUGAGAUAUUUCAAGCCUUUAUUUGUUAUAAUUGUGAUGAUUAUGGAUUACAGAUAUGCAACGCUUUUCAUAUCUGCAAUCCAUAAUCGUCACAAUUAGUUUCAGCUUUUAAGUUGAAUUACUGAACUUUUGCAGGAUAUUCUCAUGUUUCGACUCGAGUUUCACCUGUAUAUAGUGAGAUGAUCAGAUGAUCAGGUUUCUCACCGCUGUCAUUGUUUGUUUAUUGUGUUAUUGAGAGGAAAGUGCUGCACAUAUUUAUAUAUUCACCUAAACGUCGCUCUUAACUCCCUCAGACCUGAAUUAUGUUUCAAGUUUCUGAAAAAUAUAAAAGUACAUUUUACCAGCUCAUGAGGUUUCUGUAAAU